AUGCCCAAGCCUAUCAACCCAGACGUCGUCAAGCGGCCUUUGGUCAUGUGUGGCCCCUCCGGAACAGGCAAAUCCACCCUGCUCAAACACCUCUUCGCAGCUCACCCAAACACAUUCGGUUUCUCCAUCAGCCAUACGACAAGGAAACCGAGGGAGGGGGAGCAGAAUGGGCGGGAGUAUCAUUUUGUGACGGAGGAGGAGUUUAUGAGGAGGGUAGGGGAAGGGGAGUUUUUGGAAUGGGCAAAGUUUGGCGGGAACUGCUACGGCACCACCUUCGCCGCCCUCUCCGCCCUCGCCCCCCUCCGCUGUAUCCUCGACAUCGACCUCCAAGGCGUGCAACAAUUGCGCCAACGCGCCGCCUCCCACUCCUUGUCCCCCGUCUAUCUCUUCCUCUCCCCGCCCUCCGCCUCAUCCCUCCGCUCCCGCCUAGACGGACGAGGCACCGAGACCGCCGACAGCAUCAAGAAGCGGCUCGAGGCCGCCCGGCGCGAGUUGGAGUAUGCGAUCCAGUCGGACGGGAAGGAGGGGGAAGGGUUCGAGGUCGUCGUUGUGAAUGACGAGGUGGAGAGGGCCGCGGGCGUGCUCGAGAGGGUGGCGAUGGGGUGGGAGGGGUGGGAGGAGGCGGGAGAUAAGUUGCCCAAGCUGGAUCUGAGCGAGUUGGAGGCUUAG